CAAUGUAUCAACUUCUCCAACAACAAAUAACAGCCGUUGAUAUCAUCAUCCCUUCACAUUAAUCUCAUCAUACGGCUCAAACCAGCAAGCUGACGCAGUAUUACCAUGCACCCGCAUACAGCAUAUCGGACCCCACCUCACUGCCAUUAAUUUUAACUUUAUUUUUUGUCUGCAAAAAACAUAAUAAAAUAAAAAAUAAUAAAAAAUUGGAGGGUAUAUUUCAGUGUUCAGUACAGAGAAGCAGCAGUAGUGUAAUGAUCUGCUACAUCACCUUCGCUUAAACUCCCAAGCCUUUAAUUGAUGGGGAAGUCACCAGGAAAGUGGAUAAAGACUGUAUUUUUUGGGAAGAAACCAUCCAAAUCCAAUUUUGCCAAGGGCAAAGAGAAAUCCACCAACGAGAAGGAGGUAAAUGUUCGUGUAAGGGCUCCUGAAAGUGAUAACGAUGUAAAUCCUCCAGAGGUUUCAAGUGGUGCUUUGAAUGAAGUUCAUGUGGAUGACCACAAUUUGACGUCAGAGUAUGAGGAAUCUUCUCUAAGCCAGCCAGAUGGAGAAAUUGCAGUUUCUGGAGAUCAGAAUAAUGAUGCAAAACAAACCAUGGAAACAGAUGUUUUAACUGACGAUGAGAGAAUAGCGCUAGAAAUAGCUGCAACCAAGACACAAGCUGCUUUUAGGGGCUAUCUGGCUCGUCGUGCAUUCAAGGCCCUGAAGGGCAUUAUAAGGCUUCAGGCUCUUAUUCGCGGGCAUUUGGUGAGGAGACAAGCUGUUUCAACCUUGUAUUGCAUAAUAGGUGUUGUCAAGUUGCAAGCGCUAGUUCGUGGGUCAAAAAUUAGAUGUUCUGAUGCGGGUCUUGAAGUCCAGAAAGUCUGUAUAGUGAAGCCUCUGGAUGGAAAAAUUGGGGUUCAUGGAGACGUGUCUGCUGGCGCCACAAGCUUGUCCGUGAAUGCAUUUACAAGAAAACUUCUAGCUCCAUCACCUGCAGUGAUGCCUCUGCGAGUCCAAUAUGAUGUGACAGAUCCAAAUUCAGUCCAGAAAUGGUUGGAUAGAUGGUCAAUAUCCUGCCCAUGGAAACCAGUUUCUCCCCCAAAGAAAGUCACUAACUCCAAGGUCCAAAAGAAGCAAGCAAACUCAGUGGUCAUUGAUGGGGAAACAGGCAGGCCUAAGCGCAGUGUUCGCAAGGUUCCUUCCCUUUAUGAUAACGUGUCAACACAGUCCACCUCUGAAGUAGAAAAACCACGGAGAAAUCUGAAGAAAGUUGUAACCCAUCCCGCAGAUUCGGUGCAAGAAAAUCCACAACAUGAGCUUGAGAAGGUUAAACGUAGCCUCAGAAAAGUUCACACCCCUGUAUCCGAAAGCUCUGUUCAGCCACAGACUGAGGUAACUGAGAGGCCUUCUCACAGCCCUGAGAAAACAAAUGCAUCCAUUGUUCAGGAGGUUUCAAUUCCAGAUGAGGUUAGCAUCGUUGAGAAUAUCAAGGAAGAAGAAACAAGUGUUACUGUUAAGGAAGAGCCAAUCACUUAUUCUAAGCCAGAUGAAGAAGAGGCAACUGAGGAGGAUCCCUUAGAAACAAAUAUGUCCGUCGAAUUAUCAAACGAUGAUGAAACCAUGGUCAAAUCAGAGUCUUUUGAGAGUGAUGAGAAGGAUGAAAAUACUCCUGUGCCAAAUGGGGUGUUAAAAACUAAGGAAGAUUCUACAUUGAAUGAAAAUCAGAAAUCCAGUAAGAAGGCUUCUUUUACAGCAAAACAGGAGCAUAUGGAGGAUGGGUUGCAGAAUACUCCGAAGCUUCCAAGCUAUAUGCAAGCGACGCAAUCUGCAAAGGCAAAGUUAAGAGCUCAGGGAUCCCCAAAAGUUGUCCAAGAUGAAGCUGAGAAAAUUAACGUGACUCGACGUCAUUCACUCCCGUCUGCUCCAAAUGGAAAAAUCAGCUCACAGUCACCAAGGACACCGAAAGUACUUCAAGGAGGUAGUGGUGGAAAGGCUGGAACCAAAACUGACAAAUCUUUGUUGUCUUCUAGAGAUGGAAGUGGGAAAGGUUCUCAAGCACAAUGGCGAAGGUGAUGAUGACAUUGCAGAUAUGACUCAAGUUCAAUCAUGGUCAAGGUUAAAAGUCUCUUUGCAGUUUGUGUUGUGGCCCUUGAUUACAUUGUUGUUUAGGUCAAGAACUUACUGGUGACUUGCUAAUAUAUUUUGUGUUGAUACCGUAGUCGUUUUCUUGUUGUAAGUUGGGGGUGCCUCAUUGAGUGAAUGUAAAUUGCAGGCUUCACUGUUUUCAUUCUGCCUAAGUAAAUUUAGCUUAUAUUAAAACUAUGUUGUCUUGUCUCUAUCUCAUUGUGGAGUACGCGAUAUUAAGGUUGUGUAUAGUCUAUACUUUAUCGAGUUUGUUCCUCCAUCACAAUAUAUCUUUUGCUAGCUUUUCAUCAA